AUGAGGGCCUUGAUGGAGGGACAGGAGUCGUUUUGCAGCAUCCUUACCGCAGACAAGCAGCUCCUCCACCCCCUCGGCUCAUCAAUGACCACUCUGCCUAUACCGUCCGGUGGCUUUUGGAUGUGCGCCAUCAGGGUCGCGGCUGACAGUACCUGGUGGACUGGGAAGGAUACGGGCAGGAGGAGCGCUGCUGGGUGCCCCGCCAUCACAUUCUGGACCCCUCCCUCUUACGUGAUUUCUAUCCCUCACACCCAGAUAAGCCUGGUCGGGCGUGUCGAGGGGGCCUACUCCGACAAGAUCAAAGAGAUGUCCAUGCUGUCUCUGAUCUGCUCCUGCUUCUACUCACAACCACACCCCAACAGCCUCUACCAAUAUGGAGACAUGGAGGUGAAGUCCCUGAACAAGCGGGCAUCCGGCCAGGCCUUCGAGAUCAUCUUGAAGGCCCCCGCUGACCUCUCUCCAGACAGGCCGCAGCCCCUGCUUUCUGCUCCCAAGAAGGACCUCUCCCCGGACGAGCUCCAGAAGAGGCUGGAAGCUGCGGAGGAGAGGAGAAAGUCUCAGGAGGCCCUGGUGCUGAAGCAGCUAGCUGAGAAGCGGGAACACGAGCGACAGGUGCUCCACAAGGCCCUGGAGGAGAACAACAACUUCAGCAAGAUGGCCGAAGAGAAGCUUAACUACAAGAUGGAGGUCAACAAAGAGAACCGCGAGGCCCAGCUGAAUGCGCUGAAGCAGCGGCUCCGGGAGAAGGAAAUCCAUGCCGCUGAGGUCCGUAGAAACAAAGAGCUCCAAGCUGACCUCUGUGGUUGA